GCAGAGACUCUUUUCAAGCAACAGAAGCUGCAGAGCGCUCAGUCUGUCCUGUCUUUGAACUUCCAGCUGGCUGCCACUGCUGGCUGCGCAGGUCACAUCUUAACCCCAGAUCCCUUGAAGCAUCGGGCUGCUUUCCCCUGUGCCUGUUACCGUGCUUCCCAUGUGAUCUGAGGAGCUGCCCUUGGUGCUGACAGUUCGAUGGUACCUUGACCUGUUGUGCUGAAUUCUUCAAACUUCCUUGGAUGUUGGCAGAGGUUAUGGGAUGUGAUGUGAUGGCAUGCAGAUAUUCUUGCAGCAGGGUCCGACAUGUGGAAUUGUGCUGAUGCUGCAGAGGAGAUGUGAAGAAGAGGGCUUGGGUGUACACAUGAAUGUCGCCUUCAUCUACCCAGGGCUGAGGAGGAAGACAAGGGAUGCUGUUGAUCCCCUCCAAAGAGAGUUUUUGGCACCAGGAGAUGUUUCUGAUCGGCCUUUUGAUUGCUUUACGGGAAUCCAUGGCAGCUCCAACCCCUACAGCUGAGGAUAUAAAUCGGGGAGUUGAUUGGUUGACUAAAUUUGGCUAUCUGCCCCCACCCGAUCCUGUUACAGGGCAGCUGCAGACACAGGAAGAACUGUCUAAAGCCAUCAAGGCAAUGCAAGAGUUUGGUGGCCUGAAAGCUACUGGGAUUUUAGAUGAACCCACUUUGGAGCUGAUGAAAACCCCUCGUUGUUCUCUGCCUGAUCUGUCCCAUUCACAAGCUUCAAGAAAGAAACGAAGUGCCCAGCCCGUGACAAAGUGGAGUAAAAGGAAUUUGUCCUGGCGGGUUCGAAAUUUUCCUAAAGAGUCUUCACUGGGACACGACACAGUGCGGGCACUAAUGUAUUAUGCCCUUAAAGUAUGGAGUGAUAUUACCCCACUGAACUUUCAUGAGGUAGCUGGGAAUAAUGCAGACAUUCAAAUCGAUUUCUCAAGGGCUGACCACAAUGAUGGAUACCCAUUUGAUGGCCCCGGAGGGACAGUAGCUCAUGCCUUCUUUCCAGGAGAACAUCUUACAUCUGGAGACACUCAUUUUGAUGAUGAAGAAUCUUGGACGUUCCGAUCUUCAGAUAUUCAUGGCAUGGAUCUAUUUGCUGUGGCAGUGCAUGAAUUUGGCCAUGCCAUUGGACUGACUCACAUUUCAGACAUGGAAUCCAUCAUGAGACCUUAUUAUCAAGGACCUGUGGGUGAUCCCUUAAAGUAUGAUCUGCCAUAUGACGACAAAGUUAGAAUCUGGCAGCUAUAUGUGUCCUACAUGGCUUCUAAUGCUUCACCCUCUCUCACCCCAGGAGUCCGAGAGUCUGUGUCCCCCACAGCAAAACCAGAUGUUUCAAAAACAGAGGAUCAUCCUUUUCUGCCUGAUCUGCCAGAAAACCGCUCUACCAUUCAGCCAAGGAAGGAUGAGCCUGACCGUUGUAGCACACAUUUUGAUGCAGUUGCUCAGAUCAGAGGAGAAGCAUUCUUCUUUAAGGGCAAGUAUUUCUGGAGGCUCACACGGACAAAGCAUUUGGUAUCCCUCCAGCCGGCUCAGAUCCAUCGCUUCUGGAGAGGUCUCCCACUGAACAUGGAUAGUGUGGAUGCUGUGUUCGAAAAAACUACUGACCAUAAGAUAGUUUUCUUUAAAGGGGACCGGUACUGGGUUUUUAAAGAUAAUAAUGUGGAGGAAGGAUACCCAAGACCAAUCACAGACUUUGGACUGCCACUAGGAGGUAUAGAUGCUGCCUUCUCCUGGUCUCACAAUGACAAGACAUACUUUUUUAAAGACAAUCUUUUCUGGUCAUAUGAUAACAAAGAACAUAGGAUGGAUGAAGGAUAUCCUUUAGAGACCAUGCUGUGGAAGGGCAUUCCGGCUACUUUGGAUGAUGCCAUGGGAUGGUCUGAUGGAGCUACAUAUUUCUUCAGAGGUAAAGAGUACUGGAAGACUGUGAACAGCAAUAUGGAGGCAGAACAAGGCUAUCCACAAUCCAUUGCAAAGGACUGGCUUGUUUGCAGUGACAUGCUUUCAGAUGGACCUAGUUCUGAAAGUACCCAGACUGGUGCUCAUUCUGGGCAAGGAAAGCAACAUGAAAGCAGGUCCGAAAAUGGUUAUGAGGUCUGUUCCUGUACUUCCUCAGGGGGAUCUCUUUUUGGAAGUGCAUAUGAUGACCUUUUGUGGUUCUUGUCUAUAAUCCACUUGUUCACAGCAGCCUUGAUCUCAAUCCUAUGAUGCCCUAACCUAAUGGACUCCACCACACAAAAGACUUGAGGAUCAAUAAAUGGGAUCCCAUCAACGCCGCACUUAUGUCGGCCAAACAUUCCGAGGAGCUUGGAAGUGAAAGAUACCAAAUUCUCCAUGAGAAAUGAUCUUUAAUUUUUAAGAUAAUAUUCUGUAAAACAGUGCUCAAAUUAUUGGAACAUUGGCAAGGCAAUAUCACCGCGGAAUAGAUGAGCAAAAUUCUAUGGUAGCCAUGUGCCUCAUAACUGUCUUAAAUGGGUCUCUGCGAUAAGUACUUAUCAAACAGAUCUGAAAGACGUGAAACAUCAGAAGCGUUCUCUCUUUACCAAAGGUUUUGCUAAUUAAUUCCAAAGUGUCAAAGUUUAAAAAGUAAUAACAUGUAAUAAGCUCUUUAUUCUAGUCUGUCAUUUGAAACAAGUACAUUUUUAAAUCUCAAAACUUUAAGGAAAGCGGCUUAGCCUUCCCAGUGCUUAUACAAGAUAGAGCGAGAGAGGAUGACCCAGUAAUCUGAGCACUGCCAAGUGGAUUCUGUAAUAGUGCUUCUUUGGAUAUCUGAAAACUGGAUGUAAAAUAAAGAGGCACAUCUUGUUUACACCAACAGAUGUUUAUAGCAAUGGCUUUGUUAAAAAGCCUUAUAACAUUGUUUGCUAAAGGCUCUAUAAUGCUUGUAAAAUGGUUCUAGCCCUUUUCAUAACAGAGUGAAUUAUGUACAUCAGCUUAAUAGCCCCCAAUUACUAACAUCUGAAAAGUGAAAUGUGAAAGUUUUGGAAUUUGUUUACGAAUGUGCCCAUUUAAUACACCAAAUGCACCCUUUUCAUGUCUUAGUAAAUAAUAUGAAGUAUAUAUAUAUAUUUAUUUUUAUAUAUUACUGAUUUUAUGCAGUGUGUUACCCAGAUUGGCUGGCGCCAAGUCUUUGUCCAGCUCAGUUUAUAGCCCCAUUACUUUUACCUGGAGCCCCAAGGUCAUAAAUGCUCCCAUCAGAAAGCUCCCCUGAAUAUAUUUUGUCAUCUUCUACCCACACUAUUCCAACAAUAGUAACCAAAAAGGGAAAUCCGUUAGUUAGAACUUGGUUCCGAGGUAAAAUUGCCAACCUACUUGUCUAUGUAUAUUAUAAAGAGCAAAUCCAUUUUCAUAAAUCUGGAAUGGAAUAUCAGGUUGAAGGAAUCUACAGCAUGGAGAAAAUAAAAAGAACAUUGGGGGGCAGAGAUAUACAACAAAUGUGUUUGCAAUUUUACCUUUAGCGGAAGAGAAUUUCCUAAUGUUGUUACUGUUGUUAUUGUAAGUACACGUGUUACAUAGAGAUAACUGCCAAAAUACUGAUAAAGCAUCAAAUAUAAGUGAUAUGCAUACUGCAAAA